AUGUCGGAAGCCACAUCUGUGCUAAUAGACGUCGAUGUCGAGCCGCUGAUCAUCGCCAAGGUGACGGCGUACCUCGAGUACAUGCUGCUGGACAAGGCCCGGCGGGGCAGGAAGACGGACUACGUCUCCGCCUACCUCGUGAACCACACCGAGACGCAGAACUCCCAGGACGUGCCGCAUGUGGUGCGGCUAUGCGACUUCCUUGCGCCCACCACGGAGGGCGCCAUCGCGCUGCUGCGGCAGCUGGCGCUGGUGCGCCGGGAGUACAGGGGCGACAACAUCCUGCAGGCGCUGCUGCUGGCGUCCAUCGACGGCAGGGACUACUUCGGCAAGCGCAAGGUGGCCAAGCAGCUGAUGAUAUUCACCGACAAGGUCUCGGAGCUGGACCUGAGCGCGGAGGAGCUGCAGACGCUGCACGAGGAGCUGGACUCGCGCAUCAUCCUGGUGGACUGCAGCACGCACCCGCACCAGAACGCGCAGGGGUCCCAGUGGGACGCGCUGGUGCGCACCGUGAAGGGGUCCAUGAGCUUCCACAUCGACGAGCUGCUGCUGCGGAUCACGCAGACGGUGCCCAAGGUCGUCAAGCCCGUCACUGUGUUCAGCGGCCAGUUGCGGCUCGGCGCCAGCCUGGAGAACAUAGUGGACCUGGAGCCCCACCGCAGGGACGAGGCUGCGGCGGCCGACAACCCGAAGAAGCGGCAGUUCCCGUUCGGGUUCAGGACAGAGGCGAACUACGCCGAUGACCACUGCCUGUGCAUCGGUGUGCAAGGGUACCCGGCGACAAAGAAGACAGGGAGCCUGCAGAAGAAGACGGUGGUCAAGGACGCUUCGAAGCCUGGGUUUGUGCCCGUCAAGUCAGUGAUCGACUAUGAACUCAGGGACAACGAAGUCGAAGGCGAAGGCAAAGGCAAAGGCGAGGGCGAUGCCCCGCCAAUCACGGUCGCAAGGGAGUCCAUCACCAAGGCAUACAGGUACGGAACUGACUACGUGGUGCUUCCGUCUUCGCUAGAGGAUCAGCUGGUGUAUCAAACGUACGCAGGCCUGGACAUAAGAGGGUUCAUGAACAUGUCAGACAUGCACAGGCACUUCCUGACCUCUGAAUCUGUGUUCGUCGUGUCGAGCUCCAGCAGCGCAGACCAGAUCACGUUCAGCGCGCUGAUUGACGCUAUGAUCCAGAUAGAUAAGAUUGCCAUUGGCCGUUACGUCCCUAAGAACAACUCAGACGUGCAGAUGUGCAUGCUUUACCCUAUGAUCCUGGAGAAGGAAAACGGUACCCACGUGAGGACGCUGAUACUGAAUAGACUUCCAUUCACGGAGGAUGAGCGCAUCGCCAUAUUCCCGAGACUCACUAGGGAGGACGAUAAAAAGUCCGAAAAGGACGAAACUAUUGAUCAACUGAUGGCUGGGUUCGUAGAGUCUAGAAGUAUGGAUGAUCUGCCAAGGGUAGAAGAGAAGAAAUACUACGAGUUUUACGAGGAUAGCGUGCGCGACACAACAUUGGUAUUACCGAUGAAAUCGAAAGAUGAAACGAGAGAACGUGACCCUCUGAUGGUCCCAGCGAUGGGUUUGCACCGUCAGUUGCAAGUCAUGUUGGAGUACCUACACCAGGUUGUGAUUAACAAGUCGGAGAAAUUCGAUCCACCAGAACUGCAAGAUCAUCUCAAAGCUAAGAUUACACCGCAUAUUGUAUCAGACUUCCCAGAGCUUGAAGAACUAGUGAACUUGCUCGAGCUGAAGAAGGUUGAACCCAAAUCUAAAGAAUUCAAGCCACCUGCGCCUGCAGAGCCUGUCCCAUCGCUAGAAGAAUUGUUAAAGAGAGGAGAGGCUGCAAGAGAAGGGGAGUCAUAA